AAUAGUGUGAACACUCGUGGACGACAAAAGAAGCUGCUUCAACUCUCUCUCUCUCUCUCUCUCUCUCUCUCUAAACUCCAAUUCGUUUUUUCCAGUUCGAAUCUGAACAAAAGUUUGUUCUUCCUCUUUGGUACCCGGAAUCUCAAUUCUCCUCCUUUCUUUCCGGGUAUAUCAAAAUUUUCCGGAUUUUUUCUUUUUCGACUUCCCCACUCGUUUCUGUUCAUUGGAUUUCUCAAAUACGGAUUUUCAAGGGUUUUUGUAGUUUUGAUUGCUGUUUCCUUCCCUCGGUAAAAUUGAGUGGAGAUGGGUUGUUUCUCGUGUUUCGAUUCGAGUGACGACGAGAAGCUGAAUCCAGUGGAGGAAUCCAAGGCCCAGAGACAAUCCCAACCGACAGUAUCCAAUAACAUUUCUGGACUCCCUUCAGCGUUUGGUAAAUUGAUGGGUAUUGAUGAUGAUGAUGUUGCAGGUGGGGAGAAGCUUAGCUUAAAGAGCAAUGGAGGGUCAAAAAGGGAGCUAAUGCUUCCAAGGGAAGGGUUCGGACAAAUUGCUGCUCAUACAUUUGCUUUCCGUGAGCUCGCUGCUGCUACUAUGAACUUUCAUCCCGACACUUUCUUAGGCGAAGGUGGAUUUGGACGCGUCUACAAAGGACGCCUUGACAGCACCGGUCAGGCUCGCCCAUUGUUCAACGACAGACGAAAGUUCAUAAAGCUGGCGGAUCCUAAGUUAAAGGGUCGGUUUCCGACGCGGGCACUCUAUCAAGCAUUAGCUGUGGCGUCAAUGUGCAUCCAAGAGCAGGCGGCUACACGUCCACUCAUAGCAGAUGUGGUCACUGCGCUCUCCUAUCUUGCGAACCAAGCUUAUGAUCCAAACAAAGAUGACGGCAGGAGAAACCGAGAUGAAAGAGGGGGGAAGUUAAUAACAAAGAACGAUGAAGGAGGUGGUUCGGGAAGUAAAUUCGAUCUAGAAGGUUCCGAGAAGGAAGACUCGCCGAGAGAGACAACUCGGAUUUUGAACCGAGAUAUCAAUAGGGAGCGUGCGGUUGCGGAGGCUAAGAUGUGGGGAGAGAGUUUGAGGGAGAAACGAAGACAGAGCGAGCAAGGAACUUCUGAGAGCAACAGCACCGGGUAGAACCGGUUUGGGUCUUGACCCUUUUUUGUUCUUAUUUCUCAAACUCUCAUUUAUUCUGAAACAUAGAAAGAAAAACAAAAAGGAACAAAAAAAAAAGAGAACAUAUUUGGGACAGAGUUGCUGUACAUUAUAUAUGCGAUGUUGAUGUUGCAAUAUGGGGAAAAAAGGGGGACUCUUUUUAAUAACCAAACUCUAAUUGAAGAUUCUGGAGAGUUGAUGUUCUUGUAAAUUUUUGUUUGAUUUUUUGACAGAUUGUGUUUUGAUGUGUCACAUGUGACUUAUGUUGACGUCUGAUCGAUGAUUGAAUAGCACAGAUCCAAGAUUAGUG